AUGCGUAAGUUGUGUCCACUCAUGGGACCGAAGAUGUCGGCGUUUUGCAUGGUCAUGUCUGUGUGGGGUGUCAUAUUCCUAGGUUUAUUGGGUGUAUUCUUCUAUAUACAAGCUGUAACGCUUUUCCCUGAUCUUCAUUUUGCUGAGGAAUCCAAAGAGGGCGGACAUGGUGGACCGACUGUUGAAGAUAUUGAGAGUAAAUAUAGCGAAAAAGCAAUGCAGUGCUGGAUAGCCGCUGGAAUGUAUGGUGUCACACUGAUUCUUGUUCUAUGGCAGAACAAGUACAAUACAGCCACUGUAUUCUGA